AUGAGUUGCCUUAGCUGGAACUGUCGUGGGCUUGGGAACCCACAGACAGAAGAAGAGCUUGCCACGUUGGUGAGCAAAAAAGAUCCCAAAAUGGUUUUCCUGAUGGAAACCAAAGUUGAAAAAAAUACUAUGGAAAGAAUUGGUAGAAAACUGCAGUUUGCUAACAUUUUUAUUGUUCCUCGUGUUAACACAGGUGGUGGUUUGGCUUUACUUUGGAAGGCAGAUUGUUCUGUGGAUGUCCAGUCUUUUUCUGGGAAUCACAUUGAUGCUAUUGUGGACCAUGGAGUUGAUGACGCCUGGCAGUUUACGGGUUUCUAUGGAGACCCUGACACCGCCAGCCGGGAAAACUCCUGGUCUUUGCUUCGUGCUUUAAAUAGUCGCUUCUCUCUUCCUUGGCUUUGUAUGGGCGACUUUAAUGAAAUAUUGUUGGGUGAGGAGAAACUUGGCUGGCUUGAUCGACCUGAAAGACAGAUGCAACUAUUUAGAGAUGCCUUGGAUGAUUGUAGAUUGAAGGACUUGGGUUUCAAUGGCUACCCAUUUACAUGGUGCAAUAGGAGGCCUGGGGCGCACAAUGUAUGGAUCCGCUUGGAUAGAGGUGUUGCUACAGUGGAAUGGAUGUUGAGGUUCCCUACUUCCCGAAUCCAUCAUUUGGAUGCUUUUCAUUCAGACCACAAGCCUAUUUUACUAUGCACAGAUUCAGAAUUGAAACGUUUCUAUAGGCGGGGCAGGCCUUUCAGAUUUGAGGCCAUGUGGGUCAAGGAUGAUUCAUGCGAACAGGUAAUCCAAGAUUCUUGGGGUACGGCAAGGCUUGCAACCUCGGUUUGGGGGUUUAAUAAUAAGCUCGAAUCUGUCCAAGGUAGUCUGCAAACUUAG